GCGGCGGGUCGGAUAUAAAAGCGGACGGUCCGUGCACUCUUUCGUAUUCCCCACCACCACCUCUUGGAUCCGGGAUCCUUGGGCCACUCCACCACCGUCGUCUCGUCUCUGUACACCAUAUAACGCCUGUCUUUACUACCCGAGCCCCUCACUUACUCACGCCAUCCUAAUCAAUCACAAUCUUUCUUCACGAGACGAAAUGGCCAACUACCACUAUGUUCGCGCUAGCUCGACCGCGGGCAGGUCACCCUCCCCCUCGUCCUCCACCGCAUCCAUGUCGAAGCAACCCAUCUCCCGUCCGCUUGUGCAGGCCUGGAAGGCGCUGACGAGCUCGUCGCGCAAGAACCGCCAGCCAGUCCCCGCGGGCUUCGUGCUCGUCACCCGCCGCCGCAGCGCUCUUCUCAAGUGAGCUACUUCCCAUCUGCGGCCACGCCGAAACACGAAUGUCCUACCUCCCUCGCGUCGCUGUCGCCGCCGCGAUCAGUGACCAAAAUAAUGCUGCGGCAUGCAUGCAUGCUCGCGAUCGGACUCUCUCCCUCCCACGUUUCUUGACGAUGAAGGACUGUUUGGAUAUGUAUCGCACGUACUCUACCUUCCCUCCCGCUAAUUGCGUCCCGUCGCUCGGUUGACCUGAACUUGGGACUCCCUGUAUCCGGUUCGUAUACCACCUCUGCACUGUAUCAAUGUCUUUUUCUUGGGA